UGUCGUCUGACCUGACUUGGGUUUUGCCUCAGAAUUCCUUUCUCAGAGUCCAUGCAUGCACUUCUGCACCAGGCAUGACUACCUACGCAUUUAAUGUACGGUUGCAUGUCUUCUGUUGGCACACCGUCGCAUAACUACUUGCUACCCUGGUUUCCGCAACAUACGAUCCAUCGAGGAGGUCAUCUCCUCGUGCCCUGCUCGGCAGCAAACGAACCAACAAUGGGACGACAGGAACGCGCGCGCACACACACACACACACACACACACAUACUCUCUCUCUCUCUCUCUCUCUAUGUCUGCUAUUGGCAGACAGAGGAGGUAGCCAUCACCAUCAGUCUCAGGAUCCUAGGUCCUAGCCGACGAAGAACAAACCUGUCGGGAUCGAACCCUUCCCCCUCCACGCCUUACCCAUCUGUCCAUAUGUGGCAGUUGGCCGUACAAAAUCUGCAGAGUAUCAAGUGCCGUGCCCUGUACAAAGGAGAAAACAUUUCGAAAGGAGAAAAGGAUCUACCAACGACCCGUCCACCAUCCCUGGCCUAUGACACCAUAAGGUAUCGGCCGCCCACUGUUGGGGACCGUAGGCGCAACGCAGUCAGUCGCUUUGCCCUGAUUGUCUGGUUGCCAGCCGGGAGUCGUUGUGCUUGCAGCGGUACGGCCACCUUGCGAUACCAUCCCGGUACAUUAGUACCCAGGAGGAGGGUAUGUCGGGGACGGAGUUGAUGUCCGUUUUGGACCCCUCCAUGUGCUACUACCUGGCUGUUACGUACUACGUAGGGAGUACGAAUACGCUAGUAAGGUAGCCACAGGGGACCGACAAUGCACUGGAACCAAAACCUCCCAGCUUCCAGUUCAAUGGAUCUGGAGGACAAGGAUGCCCCCCUCCCCUCUUUUUUGUCAGUGCCCGUAUGUGUGUGUGUGCAUACUUGGUCUGUAGAGUAAUGUGCUUCUUGCUAGUAGUGGGUGAAUCAGAGAAUGUAUUUUAAUUAGAGAAGUAAACUAUAGAGU